AUGGCAACCAUCAGAGAAUUCGACAAUCAAGUUUACUAUGUAACAACGCCAAUAAUCUCAUUUACAUCAUCUACAUACUUCGUGCAAAAGAAAAAUUCUACAUACCUUCUGUACGAGAAACACUAUCUCUAUCAUUACUUAGUAUCAUUGCCUGUUACUUAUUGGAUGCCUGUAAGAUAUCAAGCCACUCCUUAUUUCUCCUUGCAUAAUAAUGAGUGUUGUUGUAACAUUAGGCAAUUGGGUUGUGGAAGUAAAAGAAAUAAGGGAUUUCUCUCAAAAGAGAAAAUUUCGGAUAUUUUGAAUUGGAGAGAAGACGUGGUCACGAAAUGUUCUGAAGAAUGA